GAAUUCUUUUAAUAAUUUGAAUAGUUCCUGGAAUAAUUCCAUGAAUACUUCAUUCACAACCCCAGGUGGAACUUUUUAUAAAAAAGAUGAGGAGGAAAGCGAAGGCAUCACCAACCAAAAUUCAUUCCGUGCUGGCCUGGGCUUCAAAGGAAAAGAUGACUCAAGGGGAGGCUCUAGGGGUGACAGGGGAAGAUUUAGAAAUGAUGGUGGCAAUCAAAGGGAUGGUUUCAGAGGAGGAAGAGGGGGAUUUCAAAGAGAUAAUGGAGAUGGAGGAUUUCGAGGUAGAGGUGGAGGUUUCAGGGGCAAUCGAGGAGGCUUUCGAAAUGGUGAGGGCGGCGGUGAUAGUGAAGACAGAGGUUUCUCUUCAAGAGGUCGUGGUGAGUUUGGCAGGGGGCCUAGGGGAGGUAGAGGUCGUUUCAAAAGUAAUGAAGAAAAUGACAAUUUCAAAGGGGGAUUAAAUAGAAGUGAAGAUGGUGAUGGCGAUGAUCAGAAGGGAUUUUCCCCUCAUGGUCGUGGGGGAUUUGGUGGUGGGUUCAGAGGUGGAGAUAGAGGAGGUUUCAGAGGUGGGGAUAGAGGAGGCUUCAGAGGUGGGGAUAGAGGAAGCUUCAGGGGUGGGGAUAGAGGGGGCUUCAGGGGUGGGGAUAGAGGAGGCUUCAGGGGAGGACGAGGAGGCAGAGAUGGAGAAUUCCCUAGAGGAAGGGGAGGAUUUAUGGGGGGUUAUGGCAAGAGCCCAGGUCUUGGAAUGGAUGGUGCUGGUGAGAACAAGAGGAUCACUUUUGAUGACUAGACAGCAGAAAGAAAAUACAAGGUGCACAAGGAUCUUGGGGUGAGCGAGCGUACAGAGAUCUCAAGGAAACUCGUGGAAAGGGCUACCGUCAAGAGAAGAACAAAAAGAAGAAGGGAUCAUACAGAGGUGGUGCUUUAGAUUUUGGUGUCAAUUCUGUCAAGUUUGACUCAGAUUAAUGAUCAUAAAACUCUUGAUUAAUGAUCAGUAAGGUAAUAUACAGUAUCUAUGUGAAAAACACCUGACAUUUAAAAUACUAGUGAAGUGCUCACUCCAUACUAUGGGGCAGUUUUGAAAAUGUACAUUUGUUUGUCAUUGUGAUGGUGUUAUUCUAGUUUUGUGAUGCUUUGACACUUCCUUCAUAGUGCAAUUCAUACAUGAAUAUGUUGUGUAAUCAGUGUUGAACUGAAGAUUAUUUUAAUGAACAGUACGUGCUCAUGGUUUUUGUAGGUUGGAGUUUAAGCGCCAAACCCUCAGGGUCUAUAUAGUUCUUUACUUAGUGAUCUAUCAAGGGUGUGCAUGUUAUGUCAUGUAUGAAGCACAGUUCCUGAUAACACAAAUAAGAAGGCAUUUGUUUUUCAUUAUGCAGUAGUGUAUGAUCCCUAUGGGUUUAGCACUUCCCCCACAAUAAUAAUUUACAUAUAACUAAGAUUAAAUCAUUUUAAAAGUUGUUUUUAUAUGCCAGUAAGUUUUGGUAAGGGUGUCUAUAAGAUGUGCAGUAUACAAGUGCUAUUUAAUGACUCCAUAUAGACUGGUAAUCGAAUGAUUAUGCACACAAUUUGUUUAUUUUUGUUGCUUUAUAGAUCUGACCAACUAAAUUGCUGGUUUUAUUUGAUAUAAAACUCGAAAGCAGGGAUGGUGUUACUUGAAUUCAUAGUAUUUAUGUGGGUUCAAAUGCCCUCUUGGUUUAAUUUCAUAAUUAGAAUGAAAUCAUGAUUUGAACACCUAGUAUAUUUAUUUUUUCCAGUGAAAAUUUCCAUAAGGUUACUCCAUGGGGAAAGCAGGAAAAAAAAAAAAACUAUGGACAGUUGGGUUUUGUAUAUUUUGUAAUUAUUCUUAGUAUUGUUAAAAAAGUGCAGUUUUUCACUCGACAUACAUGACAUUAGCAAAAUAUCCCUAACUACUUGUACCACAAGACUGUAUACAAAGAUCAGGCUAUCUUACUCUAGGUUACCUAGUACUGAUAGGUAGUGGCUUCACAUGGUUCAUUCGGUUCUUGUGAAGGAUGUGUUUCUCGAGUAGUUUUAUAACAAAAUAAACAUAUUGUGUAUGAGUGUUAUAAAGCAUUGUAUGAAAGUACUAUUGGAAUACAUUUGAGGUAUUUUUUAAUAAAUAAUUAAAUUUUA